AUGACAUCGAUUCCGUCGCCCCAAUUAGUGGCUUCUACUUCCAACAUUCCUUCGGUGAGUAUAAUACGUUGAAAUUUAUAUUUAUAUUUAGGAGCAUGUGACUAUUAAUGUUGAGGGGGAAGGGAGUGCAAAUCAUAGUUUAACGCGACAGGACUCAGCUGGGGAGAGAAGGGCAAGAUUCUCAGCUUCAGAUGUUGUUGACAGUGUAACUCAAGCCGGAAUUCCUCUUUCUGAUGACGAUGCCGCUACUUUGAUCGACUUGUUGGGAAGAUUCUCGUUGACACGUCCGGCCGGUUUUUUACUGUUUGUAAGUUGGUUACGGUUAUAUUUGUUCCUGCCGGCCCGUCGGUUUUCAGAUUAUGAUUUUUUGUUUCUGAUGCUUGUUUUAUUGUUAGUGUGAAUUAGACUUGGGCAUAAUCUGAGUCUGUAGUUCGCCUCCCGGGCAGGUUGAGAUAAUAGAGACAUACCAACUUCCCGCAUACGGAAGUUUACCAAGGUUGCUAAAUUCAAUGUUACUAUUACUUUUUUUAGUUACCGGACUAUCAUUUCCUCAACGUAACGAUAUUAUUCCUGGUGGUUGGACUUCUGGCUCUUUUUCGAAUAGUUUAUGUCUAUAUAUUCGAAUUGAUACUUUUCAUAUUCCACGCCCUUUAUUACCGAGACUUUGUUCGCUUGUCCGUGAUGCAAGUACGACCGUUCUGGAAGACAUUUUCUCAGUUCGUGAUACGAUGUUCUAUUCUUGGUAUAUUUUGUGAUCACUCGGAAUUCAUAAACGUAUUGUGUUUUGGAAUGGUCAAAACAGAAAGCUUCUUUUAUCUCAUCUAUGUGAUUUCGAUAGCGAAUUUUAUCGUUAUGGAUAUUUGUCUAUUCAUUGAGUGCUUAGUAAGUUAAUUUUUUUGGGUACCUAAAAUCUACGAUUCAUUAAUUUUUAGUUGAACAAUCUUGAAGUUCUGGACAAGACUCUGCGAAUGCAAGCGAUAAAGAUGAUUGAAUAUGUGUUUGUUUGUUACCUUUCGUUGUUGCCUAUAAUCCAAUGGCAACGGUUUUUUGAGUCUAUGUGGCUAUUUAUCCCGUAUCUUUCAUUAAGGGUAGGAUUGUUAGCAGGUUUUAUAUCUCCACGAUUUUAGACAGUGAUUCUCAUCCGCCUGUUUAUCCAAACCUUGAAGUUGAUGAAACAAAAUCUCUCCUCGACUCAUAUUGGACUAAACGUUUCUUCAAAUGAGAUCGAAGAUGACAAUUGUGCAAUUUGUCUAAACACAAUGACCAGUGGCGUAAAGGUAGGAUUAAAAAUCAAUAUUUUGAUUCUGGAAACUUUCUCCCUUACAAUUAAUCCCUAAAUGUUUAUAAUGUGUUUCAGUUGCCUUGUGGACACAUCUUCGAAGAAUUAUGUGUACGGAAAUGGCUCGAGGAACGUAAUGAAUGUCCCCUAUGCAGGAAAUCGGUGGUUCCAAACUUUACUAAAUAUGACAGGGUGCCUCUUUUUCCGCCUUAUAUCAUCUAA